GUUGUGUUGGUGGCCAAUCGAGGAUGCCGCGGAAGGGAGGAAAACGAAAAAAGACCAGGACCCAUGUGGCGACUGGGGCCGCGACGAACGCAGACGACAAAACGCCCAAGAGUUUUGUCUUCAAAUUGGGCAAAGCACCAGGGUGCAUCAUCUCCCUCGUGCAGGACAUGCGUCAAGUGAUGCUGCCGUUCACCGCAGAUCGCCUUCGCGAAAAGAAGAAGAACACGAUCCAGGACUUUGUCCACGUCGCCGCGCCAUUGGGUGUGUCGCACUUCCUCGCGUUUUCCAACACGGAUGCUGGCACAAACAUGAAGCUCGUGCGCCUUCCCCGCGGUCCGACACUCUCAUUCAAGGUCGUGCGGUAUUCGUUGAUGAAGCACAUCCAACGCAUUCAAAAACGCCCCGUUGACGCGUCGUUGGCGUUCAAGACGUCGCCUUUGGUGGUCCUGAACAACUUCACGGGCACCGAAGAUCACAUCAAGCUGCUCAAUGUGACAUUCCAAAACAUGUUUCCGGCCAUCGACGUCCAGACGAUUCAGCUCUCCGAGUGCCGUCGGGUGGUGCUAUUCCACUACGACAAGGAAGAAGACCUAGUCGAGUUCCGCCAGUUUGUCAUUCGAGCCAUGCCGCUGGGUCUGUCCAAGAGCGUCAAGACCCUCGUGAAGUCGCGCGUGCCAAACCUUGGCAACAUGGAAGACAUUGCCGAUUUUGUCUUUGGCGGCACCAACACUGGCAUGACGUCGGACAGUGAAGUGGACGACGAAACGGCGCACGUCGUGCUGCCCGACAAAUUCCGUGGCCGCGGCAACCAAAAGGCCGAGAAAAGUGCUGUGCGGCUUGCCGAAGUCGGACCUCGCCUCACGCUCAAGCUGACCAAGGUCGAGCGCGACUUGUGCGAUGGCGACGUGCUGUACCAUGCCUACGUUCAAAAAACACCGGAGGAAGCGGCGAAGCUCAAGGCGAAGAAAGACAUGGCAAACGCACUGAAGCGCAAGCGUCGCGAAGAACAGGAACAGAACGUGAGCAAGAAAGAGCAGGCAAAGGAAGAGAAGAAGCAGAACAAAGCGAUCAAGAAGAAUGCGGUCGAAAACAAACGCCGCCAACUCAUGCAGUACGCCAACGAAGAGGACGUGAGCGACCUCGAAGACGCCGAGUACUACCGCCAGGAAGUCGGCGAAGAGCCCGACGCGUACAUGUUUUCAGAUCGCAAGCCAAAGGAACCAAAGAAGCCGUUCGACAAGAAGAAAAACAGUGGCGCCGGCAGUCGUCGCAGCGACAACGGCACGUCCAAAGCGGGUGCCAAGUUUGCGGGCAAGAAGGAAAGCGGCAAGGCCGCGUUCAACAAGUUCAAAGGCCACGCCGGCAGCACCAAGAAAGGAGGGCCCAAGAAGUCUGGCGGCCGACGAAAGUUCGAUCGACAGUAACACGGCGCAAACAAACGCUCGACAAAAAAUCAUCUAUAUCUCUA